AGAUUAUAAAUAUCCAUGAUAUGACAGUGUUGGUUUUGAUUGGGUCUCUCCCUGGCCUGACUCCCCUCCCAGCCUCCCCUCUAAAGGAAAAGUGCUGACCACUGAGCUAUAUCGGCAUUAUCAGGAUCAACAUGGCUGGAUAUAUCAAGAUAGAAGAUAACCAGACAUUUUCGAAAGAGAUGUUUUGUAUUCCACAUCAUUAUGAAGAUUUCCUGGACUCAGUCAUGAUUCCUAAAGGACUAAUUCUCAAUAGAGUUGAACGACUAGCUCGUGAUAUUUGUCAUGAUUUUAGUCAUGGCCCAUUAGUAGCUCUUUGCUGUUUGAAAGGUGGUUACCAAUUCUUCUCUCAUUUGAGUGAAUUUAUCAUUAAUUAUAAUGGAACAUCUGGAAAGUCAGUACCAUUUUCAAUUGACUUCAUUCGUCUAAAAAGCUAUGAGAACGCUAGCUCAACAAAUAAUGUCAAAAUUAUUGGCGGUGAUGAUCUCUCCUCUGUAACUGGAAAGAACGUUUUGAUUGUGGAGGAUAUAAUCGAUACUGGAAAGACGAUGGAAAAAAUGCUUGAAACGGUUGCAAAAUUUAAACCAGCUCAGGUUAAAGUCGUCAGUUUACUGGUAAAAAGAACGCACCUGCGAAGCUCAAAUUAUAGGCCUGACUACAUUGGUUUCGAAAUCCCAAAUAAAUUUGUCGUUGGUUAUGCUUUGGAUUACAAUGAAUAUUUCAGGGAUUUAAAUCAUAUUUGCGUUAUUAAUGAAAAAGGAAUAGAGAAAUAUGGGAAAUAACAAAGCUAUAUUUUAUGUGUCCUUUACAGUUCUACGUUAGAGAGUAAUCUUUAAAGAAUAAUCUUAACAUUGUAGUGAUUUCUCAAAUUAUUAUGCAGGGUGCAUGUUUUGCAGAGUGCUUGUUAUGCAGGGUGCUCUGUUCUUUAGCUCCAUAGGAAAUUUAAUUGUCAGAGUUUCAGCAACUACGACAUUGUACAUCUUUCUCAUUCUCAGGAUCAAUGCUAUUAUUGUAUAUGAGCACUGGAGCACGGUGUGGUGGCCGUCGCUGUUGUAACGAUACUUUCAAUAGAAAACACCCGACGUGUUUCAAACGCAGUGCUUCUUGAUUGGCUUGCUUUAAAUUAUUUUAAAUGCGUUCGCCGCAAGAGAAGAGAGCGGUUGAAAUCGGCCUUAAACUACUUAAAAUACGAGAUAAAAAGUAUCUCAGUGGCCUCGACAGUUCCUAGUUCACAGUUCGCAUUAAAAUUGGUCCCAGUCCCAGAGCAAGAAUUUGAUACUUUAGUCGUGGAACACUGCAUUUGUUGAAUAUUUGGUAAUUUUGCAAGUAUCUUCAGCAGAAUAGAAGUUUUACGAGCAAAGUUGGUUGCCAGAGAAAAAUGUUCGCGUGGUAUACACGCACGUGAAACACGAGUUUUAAAAUUUGAGGGUAUUUCUCCUGUGUGUAAUCAACUCCUGUCAUAAAGAAUAUUCGGUCAGCAUUCUGGGAGCGAAAGACCACACACCACUCUACGCCCAUGCUAUUAAAAAAAUAUUGACUGUUUAAUAUAAGACACAUAAACAGGAGAACUUUGAAUUCUAUUAUUCUAUUUUUAUCGCUACAUUGGUAAUAAUAGACUACUAGUGAAUACUACAGGUAACCUGCAUAGCACCUACAGGGUCACAGGUUUGCGACCAUACCUGCAAAACAUCGACAAAUGGCGUGCAGUGUUGCCAACUGUAAUUUUGUGAAAAUCCCAAGUAAGCGCCUGAAAUAUCCCGAGAUUCCCCCUAAAAUCCCGAGAUUCUAAUUUCAACCCCAGUCCUCAGCCUUGGCGCACCCUAGUACCCAGUCCGCUCAGUGUGCGUUUAUAAAGCGGUACUUCUCUGCAUAACCGAUUGUACAAAUAGUCUUUAUUGAGUGACUUUGAGUA